AGGGGGAUGGGGGCCGCCGGGCCCCGAACUCGGUCGAAACCGCUGGAAGCCGGCUCCGCCGCUCGCUCCCGGUGGCUUUUUAGAUUUUUCCAGCGUGGUUAAGCGGCUCCCGCAGGAUCCUGUUCACGGAGGCCGAUGGAGCGCCUCUCCCUUUGUCUGCGGGAACCUUGGGGAACAUUAACAUUUUGCUCGCCUUCCAUGCCUUCCAUGGAGCUCUGUUUUAAGGACGGUAUUAUAAGUUGUCUGUCGACCGAAGUUGCCGGAAGAAUAUUACCUGGAUAUUUAGGAGGAAAUAAUUAUAUAGGUCAGAGCCUCGUCUCCUAAAUUUGGUAGUCAGUAACUGGGGGAAUAGUUCGAUGAAAAUGAAUUUUCUCAUUUUGAUGAUUUCUUUAAAAGUGAGAUUUCAUAACUUGAGUUGAUGAAAAUAGCUCACUUUUACCUUUCAAGUUUAUCCUUUAAGUGCCCCCAAAUGACGGACUUGUUUAGUUGUACCUUUUUUGUGCCCAGGACUGCUGUUAAAUUUGUAAAAGGAGCUUUUAAAGAACUGAGGUGACCGAGACCUGUAGACUAGGACUCGCCCAAGGUCAGGCUUAGUGGCACUUUAGAGCCUAGAAUUCGGGUCUUAGCUCGAGGUUAGUGAGUGGUCUUGCCAUUUUUAGCUAUGUGCACCUGAAAUAGCCAACCCAUAGUUUAAAAGAAAAGCUCAUUCAUUUCAGUUUUUGAAUUGGAAAAUUCGUUAGUCCAACGACGUUCGUUUUAAGCUAUGAAUUAAGAAAAGCGGUGAACUUUAUUCAAAAACAAAAUAAAAAACCCAUUGCAGCUCUACCUGGGAGAGCUAAUGGAUGAAUACUAAGUUUCUAACCACUUGUUUUGGUUUUUUUUUUUCAGAAUAGAAAGGAAAUAAAUACACUCUAUGUAAACUAAAAACAGCAUAUAGUUUUCAUUAAAUGUAAGGAGUAUUUAUGCUUCCGAGCAUUCUCCACUGUGCCUUCUUACCCCCUUUUCAAUAACAUUUUAUUUUGUUCUUAAUUCUGUUUGGGUAUUGUGGGUUGAAGGUGAAAUUGUUCUUUGAUCCUGCAUUAGAAAAACCUGGAGGCCUUAACUGCAUUUUGGUUUGUUAUGUGAGAUACAUGAAUACUGCAUCGUUAGUUCUUGGGGUUGUGUAGGAGUUGGCAGGCUCUGAGAUAUAAAUAGAAGCUGAUUUCAGAGGCCCCUGUUGACUAGGCUUUAUGUGAGAGCCUCCAUCCAGCUCGGCUUGUCACAUUGCAGCCUUGUGACAGGCUGAAGCGCCCUCCCAUGUGAUCUGAGCUUCAGAGAAAUAUUAAAGCAAGCUGUGCACAUGUGAUGGCAUUUAAAAUCUGACUUACUAGGAUGGGACCUUAUAGAGGACUUAUGCCUUCUUUCUUGCCUUUCUGUGUGCUCAAGUUUUAAGAAUUUGAGUUGUGUUUUUUGAAGAAGGUGGAAUCCUUGUCUAAGUGGGGAAGUCAUUAGGUGUGGGGUCUCAUUCACAUAAGAAAAGUACUUUCUUACUGACUAAAAAUCGGCUCGAUCAACGGUUGGUCUUAAAAUUCCCUCAGUAUACUUUUAGAGAAUGCCAGGUGUCACUGGAAGUUAGAGUAGUAACUGAGAUUAGCAUAGUUCCCAAGUGGGCUGAAAAACGCCCAACUUUCUGCAUAGAGUAAAAGUCAGCGUGGAAAAAAAUAAAGAUACAUAAUUUAUUUGAAUUAUUUUUUUGUGCUUGUGUUACACUCAACAUUUAAAAGCAUCAACUGAAAGUGUUUAUUAAACUGCAUAAGUAAUCUUGAAGUAUUUACACUGCCCAGCUCUGAAGUGAGUCAGCUAAAUUCCACUCACUAUUUAAAGAGACAGUGUCAACUAAAUUACUACUAUUGUUCUAAACAGUGGCUUUUAAUCAUUAUGUACAAGCUUGAUUUGCUCAAAUUAAGUGCUCUUGUGCUAACGAAAGGAAAGAUUGCUGUCAUUUAACUGUUCAAGACUGGGUACUUUUGGUCAGCAUUCUGUCCGGUCAAAUUGGUUAUUCCCCCUUCUUCGUUUUUUGUAAUUUUGGUAAAGAAUUAAUAGGUUGUGUCUUACUGUAUAGUAGCUUAAAAAAAAUACAUGACCACAAUUUCCUUUUAACCAAAUGCUCCCAAAUAAUGCUUUUUACAUAAUUUUUUUGAAAAGUAAGUUUUCCUAAUUUUUUUCUUUUACACAAUGGGAAACUUAGUAAAUUUAGUUCAUUUUUUAUGCCAAUUUAAACAACUUUUGAAAGGCCCAGGUAUGCUUGCUAUGUCAAGUUCUAUAUGGUAGCCUAACAUUAAAUAUUAACCAUGACCAAAGAGUGUGUUUUUAUAUUGCUUAUGUCAUCAAAUUUGGGUUUGGAAAGGUUUUAGGUUUUGGCAAGAGAAAAAGAAAUGCUUGUUAAAAAUAAUAGAGACUGAAAAAUCUGACUGAUAAUUUCUGCUUCGCAGGUUUCUAGGCACUGAGGUGCCUGUCUUAGUGGAAGUAUUACUGGUGGGGCCCAAGUAUGUCUUUAAGUCAGGUUCAGGGUGUGAUUUUAAGAAACCUGUAGGUAGACUGUAGAGUGCUUGAUGAUCUCAUAAGGAGACCUGGGUACAGUUCCCAGCACCCCCAUAGUGACUCACUGUUAACUCAGAGUAAUGUACACAUACAUACAUGCAAACACUUAAUGCACAUGUAAUAAUCUCAAAGUAAUCUUAAUUUAAAAGCUGUAGAGCUAAAUCCAGGAUUCAGGCAACAUGAACAACUAAAUACCAGAUAGUGAUUAGUUGGAUUUUUUUCUUCCUGUUUAUGUGUUUACCCUAUUGAAGUAACCAUCAUUUGAAAUGGUUGGCUUGUACAAGAGCAGAAAGUAAAAGAGACAAAUACUCAAAAUUGAUUCAGACAACCCUAAUAAACUGACAAGGUGACAUCUUCAGAAAUUGAAGUUCAGUAGUAAAAGAUGAAAUCAUGCAUUUAUUAUUUAAUGGUAUAAUUUCCUUUUGGUCCUAGAACAGUUCUUUCACAUUCUUUGUUUUUUAAAGUCAGUAAGAUACUCAUUUCUGUUUAAUUAACAUAAUCAUGGUUUUUGUUAGUAACAGACUUGGUGUUUAAAAAUAAUAAAGGUAUAGUGGUGAUUGUAUUCUGUUUUCUUGUUACAUGCUAACUUCUAAAAUUCUGUUUUGUUUUUAGCAGAAAAAUAUGGCUCAGGAAACUAACCAGACCCCAGGGCCCAUGCUAUGUAGUACAGGAUGUGGCUUUUAUGGGAAUCCUAGGACAAAUGGAAUGUGUUCUGUUUGCUACAAAGAACAUCUUCAGAGACAACAGAAUAGUGGCAGAAUGAGCCCAAUGGGGACAGCUAGUGGUUCCAACAGUCCUACCUCAGAUUCUGCAUCUGUACAGAGAGCAGAUGCUAGCUUAAACAACUGUGAAGGUGCUGCUGGCAGCACAUCUGAAAAGUCAAGAAAUGUGCCUGUGGCUGCCUUGCCUGUAACUCAACAAAUGACAGAAAUGAGCAUUUCAAGAGAGGACAAAAUAACUACCCCGAAAACAGAGGUGUCAGAGCCAGUUGUCACUCAGCCCAGUGCAUCAGUUUCUCAACCCAGUACUUCUCAAAGUGAAGAAAAAGCUCCUGAGUUGCCCAAACCAAAGAAGAACAGAUGUUUUAUGUGUAGAAAGAAAGUUGGCCUUACAGGGUUUGACUGCCGAUGUGGAAAUUUGUUUUGUGGACUUCACCGUUACUCUGACAAGCACAACUGUCCAUACGAUUACAAAGCAGAAGCUGCAGCAAAAAUCAGAAAAGAGAAUCCAGUUGUUGUUGCUGAAAAAAUCCAGAGAAUAUAAAAUUACUACAUGUGAAGAGACUGAAACUUGUUUUUAUUUUAAUAUAUCGUAGGAAAACAUUAAAGAGCAGAUGCAUGGCCAUUUUCCUUUGAUGUUCUCCAGAGUUUUGCUUUAUAUUUGUCUGUCUUAUAAUUGAUAUUUUAGGAUGUUUGGGUGUUUGUUACAGGCAGAAUUGGAUAGAUACAGCCCUACAAAUGUAUAUGCCCUCCCCUCAGUAAAAUUGGACAAAAAUCUGCACAACAAAUUAAAAUACACAGAUAUUGGGAACAAAAUUUAGUUCCAUGUGCCAAAUUAAAUGAAUGAAAUCUCUGCAUGUUUGCAGCAUAUCUGCCUUUUGGGAAUGUAAUCAAGGUAUAAUCUUUGGCUAGUGUUAUGUGCCUGUACUUUAAAAAAAAAAUGGUACACCAGAAAAGGACUGGCAGUCUACUACCAUAGUCAAACUUCACAUUAAUUUCAACAUGACUUUUGGAAGCAGGAAGAAAGCUACAAAACCAGUAUUUUGGUGCCAUGUGUAAACCUGGUUAAAUUGGUCUUCUAAAAGCGUCAAUUAGGACAUUCUGCGAAAGGUAACGUCACAGCUGGUUAUAAAUAAAACCAUCGAGUCAUCAACAGGGUGCCUGAGAUAAUCUUUGGAGCUUAUUGUGCUGGCCUGCACCAGAAGAUACCUGCAUUCUCAUUACUAAAAAUUGUAGCACAGAACUGCACUAGGAUUUGUUUACAAGAAGAAAUUAAACUCUGCGUUUGGUUUUCACAUACAGCAGCUCUGUUAAAUAACAUGCAUCUGAGUUUUAAGUUGCAAAGAUAUCUGAACAGUUAAUUUUUCAUGUGCAUCUUUUGUUGAAUGUUUUGGUUCAAGAAAGAAUGUUUAAAGCUUUUUAAAGACUUCAGUUCUUAAUGUAACUGUACCCUUCUGCAUGGAAAAUCAUAACCAACAUGGCUGCAGUAGACUUCUUUAGUGGUAUCCAGCACCACUUGCAGAGGGCUGCUUUAUCAUAUUGUAUUUGGGUGUAGGACUCUAGUGUUCUUGGGUGUAUUGCAUGGGCUGCAUUAUCUACAGCAUUGUACAAUAACAACUAGAAAAGGCAGUAUACUUCACUGAUGCUUGUCUGGUAAUAUCACUUCUGUGUUAUAAUGGAAGGUUUUUUGUGCUGUAUGAAACUUGUGUUUUUUAUAUAUAAAUGAGUAUAGUUAGAUUAGUGUCGUGGUAAUGCCUGUUUUCAUUUGUAAAUAGUUAAGUAUGUACACAAGGCACUACUUCUGAUUUAUUGCAGUGUUCAGUCCUAGUUUUUCUUUAUUAAAACAUUCGGUUUUGCUUCAAUUUUAUGUACUUUAGUUCCGAGUUAGAUUUGCAGAUGUGUACAGAUAGGUUCAUAUUUAUGUAUUGCACAUAAUCAUGCUAUUCAGCAUUGAUGCUAUAUUGUAUUAUGUAAAUAAUAAAAGCAGUGUACAGAGGGAAA